CGUGUCGUCUGUGAGAGGAAGGACAGCAGGAGGGAUUGCCAUGCCGGGCCCGAACCCCAGUGCAACCAAUGUGGGCGCCUCUGGCCGCUCCCCGAGCAAGGCGGUUGCUCCAAGAGCCGCGGGCUCCACAGUCCGGCAGAGAAAAAAUGCCAGCUGUGGAACAAGGAGUGCAGGCCGUACCACUUCUGCAGGCACUGGAGGAAUGUGGAGAUUCUAUACAGAGGAUUCCCCUGGCCUCAAAGUGGGCCCUGUUCCAGUUCUUGUUAUGAGUCUCCUCUUUAUUGCAUCUGUAUUUAUGUUGCACAUCUGGGGCAAAUAUACUCGGUCGUAGACAAUAUGUUUCCCACAUGCCAGCGUAAACUACAACAUGGACCAAAAUCUGGUAGAAGAAGUUCUUUAGUGUGUUCUUCUGGAUGGAACUAUUAAAGAAGUGUAUUUCAUUUGGUUUUCUUGCUGAAUGGAUUCUUAAACUUUCUGCUACAUAGGAUUUUCUUUUCUAUCAAACAUUGUCCAGUUUCUGACUAUACACUCAAAUUGCGGUUAAUUUCAUUAAAAUUGUCUACAUAAAUGAAA